AUGGCAAGCCAGCAACAAAAACGCCCUCCCCAGCGUAUUGCGAUCGUAGGUGGUGGCAUCGCAGGCAUCGCCUGCUCGUGGACUCUACGAGAACAAGACUGCAAUGUUGACAUCUAUGAGGCCGAUGAUAGACUGGGUGGACAUGCGAAUUCUGUACCGUUCAAGGGGGAUGGACGAACGGUCAACGUGGACACCGGGUUUAUUGCAAUGGAUGAGACCACAUAUCCACAGUUUACUGCUUUCUUGCGAAAGCUCGGCGUCAAGACCAUCCCUACGGAUAUGUCCUUUGGAGUAUCUGCUGAUCACGGAGCCUUCGAAUGGGGCAGCUAUUCGAUACAAAGUUUCUGCCAUAACCUUGUGUUACUGUUCAGCAUCUGGUUUUGGAGGCUCGUUUUCGAUAUCUUACGGUUCAGUUUGUUCGCGGAAGACAUCUUAGACGAAGAUCAUUCGAGUCACGAGUCCUAUGAAGCCGGAACCCGACCUUCAGAAAUUAUUCCGACCAGACGGCAGCUGGAGUCGAUCGGAACGUACCUAAAAAGGCACAAGUACUCGGAGCAGUUCAUGACCUACUUUCUGAUGCCCAUGGUGGCAGCACCAUGGUGCAUUGAUCCGGACGAGUUUGCAUGCACUUUUCCUGCAAAGCUACUAAUCAAGUUCAUGCUGUAUCACCGUCUCCUGGACACGGUAGCUACAACACUUAGAUGGCAGUCUUUCCGUAAUGGCUCUAAAACAUACGUGGAUGCGUUCCAGAAACAGCUACCUGCCAAUCAUCGGCUACAUUUGGGGACGGACAUCAAGAGUGUCACUCAGCUGCCCAACGGAGCGUCGAUCGAAUUUACCGAUGGCUCUCACAGAGAAUUCGACCAUGUAGUGCUUGCCAUUCACGCGAACCAAGCUUUGCAGCUUCUUGGGGAUGGAGCGACAUGCACGCAGCGCACAGUCCUCAACGCUUUCAAAACGAGCCGUAACGUGUGCUAUCUACAUUCAGACACAUCAGUAAGUCUCUUUGUUUAA